AUGGUUGCAUUUUCCUGUCGGAAAUAUGCUUCAAGCUCCACUCCUGCUUUUGUUGCAAAUAGUUCAUACACUGUAACCAGCUUUACUCUUGUGCUUGAGUUUAAGAAGGGCAGGCUGCAAAACUUGUAUUGGAAAAGGGAUGGAUUGUGCAAUCAAAACUUCUACUGCAAGAACAAUGGAGGCAAGGUGGAUUUCAGUCUUGGGAUACAAUUGGCAUUAUCUGUUACAGAUAAGCACGUUUCAGCGCUCAACUCAUGGUAUGAAGUGUCAAACCUACAUCACUACUCGCUUUAUGGCCUUUAUUCAAAUCUCAAGGAUUCUCUCACUACCCAGAAUAGCAAGUAG